AUGUUCAAGUGGAUAUUUUUACCACUAAUUUCUACAGUGGGACUGGUAGCUUCCAUAGCUUCCCCAGAAUGCAGAUUUGCUAAGGACUAUGACUAGCAAAAGCUUUUGACAGAUGACUAAUACCUUGAGCAGUUCCUAAAUCAGUCCAUGCACUUUGAAGCAAGAUUCGUGAGAGAACUAGGAGUUGAUUAGAAAUCAGGACUAACAUACGAUGGCCAGCAACUAGAUGUCAAAACUGGACUGCCUUUCGGUGAUCCACACCUCUUUACAGCCUCAUCGAAGGAGUCUAUACAUGUGGCUCUCCUUGGUAAGGUUCUCGAGGGAAAUCCCUUGGCUCUUAAUUUCUACACUCCUCAAGAAGCUCUGGAAAUGCUAAAGAAAAAGAUCUCAACUUAUGAGGAGUUUGAUAAAAAAUAUCCAGGCUAUGGAGGUUUCUUGCCUUGGCUAGCUGUUAAGCCUACUGGUGUUGAGCCUACUUGGGAUUGGACAACUGCUGUGCCAUCUUUGGAUAAUGGGCAGUUGUUUUGGGCUGCUUAUGGAUUAGUUUAAGUCCUUCAUGACAAGCAUCCCCAUGAGAGAGAUCUUAUCAAAAGAUGGAACGCUUUCUACAAUAAAAUGGCUAAGAACUCGAUCAAGAUAUUCUACGAGAAGGGUGGAAAGAUCAGAGCUGUAAGCUAGAUUCAAGAUAUUAGACAACCAGUAGAAAAAAACACUUAUAAGCUUAAAGAUGGGUCUGUUUGCGAUUUCAAUAACAACUGCUAUUUAGAUGAUCCAUAUGAAGGUGAGUUAUUCGCCUUCAUGAUGUAUUUCUUCGGUCACUUCCAAAGCACUUAAGAGAAAGAGCAAAUGUGGAAGACUAAAAGAUUAAAAUUGCAAAAAGUAGAUUAUUUAGUGAAAGAACUAAACUAAAACAUCACUGUUUAGAAGGGCUGGUGGUUUUCAGCACAUGAGACAUGGAAGUAUCUCUUCCUCCCAUAUAUAAACAUUGAUGUUACUAGAGAUCUAUUGAUCAAUGGAGAAAAGGUCAGAACUUGGGAUGCCAGGCAAAACAAUCUCCCAGGAAUGUUUGCAUCAAUUAAUGGUAAUAUCUCUAAGAAUACUGAUCAAAUGCAAUACUAUUCAGCUUGUGGCAUACAAGAAGUCGCCUAUUAAACUGUGUAAAAUAGACAAUUAAUCACACCUUACUCAACUAUGGGGCUUUUCUUGGCUGAUAAGAAAGUAGCUGCAGCUUGGUAUCAUAACAUGCUCAGCAGCCCAGCUGGGUAAACAGCUUACGGAUCUACAGAGGCAACACUCAUUGAUGGCUCCUAGGUAUCUCCUCUACUAACUUGGGAUUCAAAGAUCACUACUGUGGUUGCUAUGCUUGGAGGAUUUUACGAUGCUGUUAGCAGAGGUCUAGAGAAAGAAGGAGUAUUAAAAGUUUUCCAAAAGAAAGUUUAGAAAGAAUGGUCUUUAUAAUUCCCAAAAAUCGAAGGAUAAGAUUUACCCUUCGCCCUUCCAAACAUUACUGUUUCCCAAGGUAGAGAUGACUUUGUCACUUGUAGACAUAAGAAGUUUGGGGAUGACUUUAAAUGGGGAACUGCUACUGCAUCUUACUAAGUUGAGGGAGGUUGGAACGAAGGAGGAAGAUCUAGAAGCAUAUGGGACGAUUUCGUAGAGAUUCCAGGUAGAAUCGAUAACGGAGACACAGGCUAGGUAGCAGAUGAUUUUUACCACAAGUAUCCACAAGAUGUAGCUAUGAUGCAAAAGCUUGGAAUUAAGAACUUUAGAAUGUCCUUCUCCUGGUCUAGACUUUUACCUCAGGGCUCUUCAGAUAAAUUCAAUCAACAGGGAGUGGAUUUCUACAACAAUGUAAUUGAUGCACUUCUAGCAGCUGGUAUCGAGCCUUGGGUUACUCUAUAUCACUGGGAUCUACCAAAGGUCUAUAAUGAUCAGACAGAUCAAGGUGGCUGGUUAAACAGAAAUAUGAUUGAUAGAUUCAAUGACUAUGCUGACUUCUGCUUCAAAACAUUUGGAUCUAAGGUAAAGAAGUGGAUCACCUUUAAUGAGCCUUAAUCAUUUACCUGGCUAGCCUAUGGUCUUGGAAUUCAUGCUCCAGGUAGAUGCAGUUCUUACUAGGCAGAUCAUUGCUUGAAAGAUGGAGGCGGUGGCAACACUUAAACUGAACCUUAUAUUACAUCUCAUAUUGUGAUUCUUGCUCAUGCUAAAGCAGUUCAGACAUAUAAAUAAGUUUACCAGGCAACCUAGAAAGGAGAGAUUGGAAUGGAUGUUGCUUCUGCUUUUUAUCUUCCUUCUGACUAAGACAAUUAAGAUGAUAUUGAUGCUUGUGAUACCAAGAUGACCUUUGAAUAUGGAUUCUAUGUCGACCCAUUGGUAUUUGGGGAUUAUCCAGACAAGAUGAAGAACCUAAUAUCUGACAAUAGGUUGCUCACAUUUACAGAUGAUGAGAAGAAGAUGAUCAAGGGCUCAUUCGACUUCCUUGGAGUUAAUCAUUACUAUUCGAAGUAUAUUCAAUACACAGGCAAGGUAGGUAGAGACUAUGGAGACGAUCCAAGAGCUGAGUAAAAUGAUUACAACAAGACAGGCCACUUGAUUGGGCCAUAUGCCGACUCAAAUUGGUUGACUAUCUAUCCAGAGGGCUUCAGAGGACUUCUUAACUGGAUAGACAAAAGAUACAGCCACCCUAAGAUAUAUGUGUUUGAAAAUGGUGUCAGUGUCCCAGGGGAAAGUAAGGCGCCACUUCUAACAGCCUUAAAAGAUCAAUUUAGAAUCAACUACUACAAAGACUACAUUCUCAACAUGGAAAAAGCCAUAUCCGAGGAUGGUGUAGAUGUGAGAGGUUACUUCGCUUGGGCAUUGAUGGAUAACUUUGAGUGGACUAAUGGUCUUGGAGUUAGAUUUGGAAUGGUUUAUGUUGAUUACCAAAAUAGUUAAACCAGAUAUGUCAAGAAUUCAGGCUUGUGGUAUUCAUAGUUGAUUUAGAGUAAUACUAUUCCUGAUUAUAAUCCUAACUUGAAAUUUAUCGAGGAGGCUAAGAUAGAUUUCAUUUAGUGA